GUGUGGGCUGAGUCCAGCACUUUGCAGUUACUUUUUUACUAGAAACACUGGAAAGCUGUCGGAAAUGUGUGAUUCUUUUAGUGACAUUCCUAGCGAUGAUGUUCUUCCUGCCAUGCCAAAACCCGAUGAGGAUAGCGCUAAGCUCAAUUCAAAUGUGUGCAAAUAUUUGAAAGAGCAACCAGAGUCCAGUCCAACUUCUGAACAGAUGUUGAACAUAUGUGCUUGUUUUGGUGAUGGAAAGAAAGACAGGGAGAGCGACAAACCACACACUGAGAUUUGCACGCCUUUAAAGGAACAAACAGAGUUACCCAAACUUGAGGAUAACCUACAAGUCAUUGAUCAACGUCCACCAACAUCUCUCCAAAAUGAUUUUAUCCCAGAAGAAAUCCUGCUGGCUUUGACGACUAUGACAAAUACAUGCUGUCGUGAUGAAUCCAUUAGACCACAGACAAAAAAUAAAGCCCGAAAAGAUCAUAAAAUACACGGCAUCCGACCAACUGAUCGUGUGUGGCAUCACCCAAUUCGGAGAACAAAAUUCAAGUACUUGAUAGAUCAGCCUGUCCAACUGGCUCAAGGUGGAAGGGAUAUUUCAUUUUUGUGUGAUGCUGUAUAUUCCAAAUGUUCUGAAGAGUCGUUACCUCCUGUGUCAGUAGCCAUGGACAAGAGCGCAGUUCGGGCUCAACGUGAAAAACAACCUGUCACUAAGCAGCUUGACGUGCCUGAGAGCCUGAUACCAGAUGAGUACCACAUUGUAAAGAAUAAAGGGGUCCUAGGACUAGAAUACUAUGAGGAUAAAUAUACAACCCUGCUGCAGGACCAUGAAAAGAAACUGAGGGUAUUUCCAUCCAUGAAGCCCAGUGGUAGGGUCGAAGCCAUUCAGCUCUCUCAAGUGAUGGACACAAUGCUGGAAAAAGUUGGGUUCAAUGAAGAUAAUGAAAAGCAACAUAAAGGAGAAACGCAGAUGCAUCAUUUGCUAGACCUAGUGAAAAAGGAACAAGAUAUUUAUAACAUUGUAUUCCAUGAGCUUAUUCGUCAAAUCAGCGUGGAUUGUGCAGAGCGAGGAGAACUUCUUGCCAAAAUCAGAGAGAGAUAUGUAAAUUUAUUGGAUUAUAUUCCUCGCCAUUUGAAUAACAUGCAUAACGAAAUUAUGAUGCAGCGAGUAUUGGACAAGCAACUUAUUGUGGAGCUGUUUGCCUUCCAGAAUGCUGUUGAAAAACUUAACAGUGAACUUGGUGAACUUCGAGAACGUGACCACAAGGUGGCAAAGACCGUAGAGAAAACUCAGACUGAUCUAAAUGAUGCAUUGUUUGAUGCCCAGAAAAACGCCAAUAUGCUGGAUGAAUAUCACCAGUUGUAUGAAUUGCAGAGAAAAAGAUUAAUUUCCCAAGUAAAUUCAUUGACCCAGGAGAAGGAUUGGUGGAGUGAAGCAGCCUAUAGCCUGGCACUGAAGGUGAUUGAGGAGCAGAAUCUCAAACUGGUUCAUGACCUUCAAAUCAGUGAGAAACUCUGGGUUAAAGUUGCACAACACUUUGCUACGGUGCUCGGCACAAAGGAUGCAGAAGACCAGACCAAGCUACAGCAAAUUACUGCGCAGUGGAGAAAGCUGAUGAAUAAGUUUUCUAAAAUUCUUGAAGCUGCAGAGAAUUCAAGUUAUGAAAAAAGAGAGCAGAUUUUAUUUGGCUUCAAGAAAUGGCAUAAAUAUUUUUCUGACAAAAUUUCGAGUCCUCUGGGAAUCAAGUCUAUUCCGAGAGAAAUGUUGUAUUUGCUGAGAAGUGAUAUGAAAUACUUUCAUGAGAUGAUUACUCAAGAUUAUACACGAUAUGAGGGGUCAUUAUUCUUAACUGCUCAAGAAGAUCUACUGGAUACUGAGCAGCUGCAACAUGAGUGGACAGAUCUCACCAUAACUCUGUUUGAACGUCACCGAUGGUCUGAUAAUGAUAAAAUGCCUGAGGAGGCAAAAAUGGAAGAAUUAAACAAUAGUGUGAGAGCACUGUCUCAACUUUAUACGGCCAUGCUUACAGGGGAAAAUGGCACUGCUUGGUAUAUAAUGAAGCUACAAGACCAGCUCGAAUCUUAUCGGGUUAAGUUCGACUAUGCCAAUAUGGAAGAUAUAGGAUCGAUAGAAUUUGAUUUGCUGAAGCUUCAUGAGCAGUUUCCCACUUUGAUAAAACUCUUGGAGGAUGCAAUGAAUCUGGCAGCACCCUCUCCAACCGAAGAAGAGAAAAAGAAUAAGAAGCAUUCUGUCAGUCAACAACUUGGAGAAGUGACACAGAAGAUGCAGGACUGGUUGUUGGAACUAUUUAAGAUGAUAAUCCACAUGGACACGAAGCUCACUAAGCAGAUUGUCAUUGUUCAAAGUGCAAUGAGUCACCUGUUAGUAAACCUAUUGCUUUCAAUGGUGCAUGAUCCAAUUGCUAACAUCAAAAAAAAAUACUUCAAACACCUUGCUUAUCCGAACUCACCUGCAAAACUGGAGGAGCAAGCUCUGAUGGUAGCAAGUCAGCUGAAUAUCUUAUCAACACAAAUGUACAGUUGGUGCAGAGAUAUAGUUGAGGAAUUGGUUAAGCAAAGGACAGUAAUGCACCUUGAAGAUCCUGACAAUGAACUGAAGGAACUUGAAAAACUCAAGGUGGAAAGCACUGAGUGGAUAAAUAUCUGUGAGAUUCUGCUUUCUGAAAUUAAGAAACAACCAGUCCAAUUGUUGUCAUCCAGAGAAGACGACAUACAGUCACAGAUCAACUUGACACGUGACCUAUGUGCUGCUUGCUUGCGGGGCUCAGCCACCAAAAUGCUUGGGAUGGCUGAUUCUGAUCUAUCUUUGCUAAUACCAGGAGAAACAGAAACUGAUGAUGGACCAAGAACCAUCGCAUCAUUCCAGAAAUUGAGCAAGAUUGACAAAUCUGAGUCUGGAACGCAAUCUGUUCACGUUGUCAGUGAUACCAAUGUGACUGAAGAAAGCUUACCAUUGUCAAAAUCAAGAAGUCCACGUGGAACCAAAGGAACAAAAGAUAUUGAAGAUCAAAGUCCUGGAAUGGAUGAAGGUCAAUUAGUUCACAGUCAUGAAAAAUCCAUCCUGAAAUUUAUCGGUGAUGAUACCAACAUUCAUGAAAGAGACCUGAAAGAAACUCCUGUUUCUAUGUUAAAGACUGGUAUCGAAGCUGUUGUUCCGAAAAACCCCAAGUCAAAGAAGGCAUUUGAGGCACUAACUGCUAUGGGAAUAUUACAGCAGCAACUUGUAGAAACAGAACAGCGUGCCAUGUUUGCUGAGGAACGGGCAACAUCUCUGGAUGAAAGUCUGCAUGAGGCUUUGAAUAAAAUUAAGGACCUAACAUUACAGUUGAAGUCAAAAGAAUCAAAGGACCAAAUUCCACAGCCAGAAAAAAGUGAGUUUAUGUCCAAAGAGGAGAAGUUUCAUGGCCACCAUUAGUGUAGUUAUUUAUAUAUUGCUCAUGGAGAAUCUUAAACAAUAGCGUUACUUAAGGUAACAAGGUGAAGAGCUGGAUGAACACAGCAGGCCAAGCAGCAUCAGAGGAGCAGGAAGGCUGACGUUUCGGGCCUAGAUCCUUCUUCAGAAAAUACUUAAGGUGUUUAAUUCCUUAAAUGAGUUAAAUGAAUAUAGACCAUUGAAAUUAAAAUUGUAAUGUCAAGAAUAGUGCAAACACAUACCUACAGAAAAAUAGACCAUCUGUGUAGUAAAAGUGAAUGGGAAGACUUUAUUUCUAGAAAAUGUUUGCCUUCACAAUGUCAGGUAAAGGUACUGGUUGUCUUUAUCUUUGGUAUUGAAACCAAUAAUUCAAAGCUCAUUUUCGUCAUUGCACAGUAAUAAUUUCUGGUCCUCUUCCAUAGUUAAAGAAAGAUAAAUGGAAGGGCCAUAACACAAAAUAUUAACAUUUUGAAAUAAUUAAUAAUAGUAUAUUCUAUGAUUGAUCUGACUGUAGGUAAGUGAUGCUCAGUUUUAGUAGCUUCAGUUAUUUAAGGCUCACCAUCAUUCAAAUAAGUCAGAAGAUUUUUGAGCAUUGGAAAUUUUCUGAAGAAAGUGGGUUCUCAGCUAAGAAGACGAUGAUAGUUCAGGACAAAAGAAACCUAUAUCAGAACAUCAUUAGAACAUUCUGAACUAUCAAUGAUCCUCCUAAUAUUCUUGCAGAUGAAAUUGGUUGAAUCUUUUUAUAAAAAGCAAGUUAGUUACCUGAAUGUAGAUUAAUCAGCUUUCAAAUUUCUGAAUUUGUGCAAUUGUGUACUGGUACCUUUAAAAAUUUACAAUUAAUGUGUUUGAUCUAAUCUUUUGUUAAUGAUGAUGUA